CAGGUCAACCGUUUAUUUGUACGGGAUUUGUUUUAUUCCAUUCUCCUUUUAGGGGUGACAAUUUUGACCCCUGCCAUUUUCAAGUGAGUGACUUAGGCGGUUACGUCAGAUCUUAUUCUCCUAUGGCUCACGUUUUCUGAGGUUUUUGUUUUUGUUUUUGUUUUUUUUGGUUGCUUGGGAAAGCGAAGAAUUUCAACGCGUUUAAUCCAUCAGCAAACAAACCAAACAAACUCUGCCGUCAUCUAUGUACACUUCAUAGGGAAUACAUCGAUUCAAUUAUUGGAGAACAGGAACGUCGAUAUUUUAAUUGACAUCGACAAGUACGUUUUGUUGUUCGCCGGACGCGCUUGUCUGGCCUUGUCUCUUGUCACAACCUUUAGAAACAAACGAAUUUCGCUGUCGAUCUGAGAGAUUAUCAAGAGAACGUGGAAAUCAUUACAACACGGUAAGAAUCCAAGGAGAUCGCUGUCGGCGCAGGAUAACUCUAUAGAGGAACUGUCUUCACAAAUCUGAUCGGGUGCACGGAACACCACAAUGGCAUUUCUACGGAACACGAAGGAACUCUUGUCCCAUCGCAGAGAAGCAAGCUUGCUUAGUUUACUGGUUCAAGUGACCUUUGUUGUGUAUCAAGCCUCUUGCGAGACUGUGAUUUUGGAUCAUCAUUCCCGAUAUGAUCAGUCAUGGGAUUGGCUGACUACCUAUGAACUGGCGUCUGGUAGCGGGUGGACUCGCAGUUCCCAGACGGGUGAGUACCUGGUAUGCGACCUAGUAGAGACGGCAACGAAAAGUACCAAUAGUUGGUUGAUAUCAAAUUUUAUUGACUUGCAAGGCGCUGUAUCAGUGUCUGUUAAAGUUGAGUUCACUGCAAGGCAAUGCGACUCGCAAUCAUUGCCAUUCUGUAGGCAAUCUUUCAAGAUAUUUUUCUAUCAAACCGACCACAUGAUCAUCGCUGGGGUGCAAAAGGCAAUGAUUGUAGCAGAACAGUUUACAUUAGCUGGAGAAAUGAACGCCAAUAAUCUGUGGAAUCUAGGUCAGAGAAGAAUAACGAACAAAGCCAGCUUGGAGUUUGGUAUACAAAGUAAAGGACUUUACUUAGGAUUUCAGGACGUUGGCGGGUGCAUUGCACUAGGGAAAGUUCAACUCUCUUCGAACUUUUGUCCUGGUCAAAUAACUGAAGGGGUAAGUUACAACCGAACACCUUCUCCACCCACUGGGAAUUCAACGAAAGUAUACGGCACGUGUUCACUAAACUCGGAGAGUUUACACCAUGUGAACUCGCUGUACACGGAGUGCCUCAGCAAUGGAAGUUGGAGUAAGCCGGCAAGUGUCUUGACAUGUUUGUGUAAACCUGGGUAUCAAACCACUUCUAAAGGAUGUCAAGAAUGUCCCCGUGGAACGUAUAAAGGUAGUCUUAGCAAUUCAGCCUGCAGUGUCUGUCCUGCGAACUCAAACUCCAACAAUUCCAGACAUCACUGCGAAUGCAACUCAGGAUUUUAUCGAGGGCCGUCGGACAACAAGGAAGGGAAAUGUACAGCACCACCAUCUGCUCCACGAAAUUUAUCAGUAAUAUUCCAAGACCAAUCUGUGAUCGUAGUUGCUUGGCUAGCGCCGUCGGACAGUGGGGGAAGGGAUGACGUUGUCUAUGACGUCAACUGUUUUCAAUGCGAUGCCAGCCCAGACUGCAGCUACAGAAAGCCAUGUAAUGGAAAAUUGGAGUUCUGGCCACUGAAAUUCAACAAUCCCUACACACACGUCACAGUGACAGCAUUACAGCCAAACGCGUCAUACUUCUUAAGGGUUACUGCUGAAAAUGGAGUGAGUCAUCUGUAUGGACCCAACUCCAACAGAAACGCCGAAAUUCAGUUUGGGACAAAAAUCUCAGCUAAAAUGCUGUUGGAUAAAACUUAUGUAGACGAUGCCACAGCUGUUCUUACAUGGCGAGCAGUGGACAAUCCUCGGGAAUUUUCAACCUACGAUCGUUAUCAAAUCUCCUGCUUCAAAUGCGAAGACGGGGAAGGCAGUGUUAGUCACCACUGUACAGGGACAUGCGGUCAUCGAAUUCGGUUCUGGCCGGGAAGAGAAGGCCUGAAGGACAAUCACGUGACUGUAUCGGAACUAGAGUCAUCGACGCUGUACAAAUUUGUGCUAUAUGUAUGGAAAUAUCAGACUGCUUUGUCGUCAGUGCUUGUCAAAACCAGUGAUUCUCCGGUCAAGUCUCCAGAUGAAGAAAAGGCCGACAUGUCUAAACUUCUAUUCACCACGCCAAUCCUCGUUGCCAUGGGAAUAAGUGGGAUGAUGCUUAUUAUUGCCCUUGUUUCUUUAACGGUUUCCAUUUACAAGCGACGGCGAUGGAACAAAACAUCACUGGACGGCAUUGUUUCGACUCGAUAAAAUGAGUAUUGAAGAAGAAUUAAACUGAAGAUAAAUAAAUCCGAGAGAUAAGUCUCACUCUGGUUAUGGCAUGAAUUCUUAAAACAAUAUAUCUAACGUAAAUUUAACAACAAGGGUGAUACUAACACGAAAUUAACUUUGGCUGUUCUCAUGGAAUUACGAAAAAAAUAAUAAAAAUAGUGGAAGGGAAUACUGUAUGAUCUUCUAGAACAUAAACAGCGACAGAAGUGUGAGGGUAUCCAUACAAAUAAAUUUUACUCUCAUAUCACUUCACAUCAUAUCACUCCGACUGAUAUUAGAGCUCAUACAUCAUAUUUACUCUAGUAAGUGUUCAGGUGGUUUAUUUCAUUUUCUCUAAUUAAGAACUCCCAUGAUCUAACCGGCUUAUAUAUCUUACAACCCUUCUUCUUUACUUUAAAUUUCAUCUUGACGUCUUUCUGGAAGCAGGGUGGGUUACUAUUUCAGUCAUUUUAUGACUGAGAAAACUACUUCAUUGUGAUUGGCUUUGAGCAGACAAAUUUACCGUUCAAGUUUAAUUAAAAGAUUAGGGAUUUAAACUACUUGUGAUAUUGGAAAAUUCUUUCAAACUGCACUCGCCUUAAGGCUGGUGCAAUUUUGAGAGAAUUUUCAAAUGCAACUCGUUCAGGUUAACAAGGCCGGGAUAUCUCCUCUGCUGACUAAACUUACAAUUUAAAAUCACAACAGUGAUACCACGGUGUU